CUUCGCCUCUCAUGUAAACCCAACUCUUCUCUCAUUCCUUAUCUUCUCCCCCUUCUAUCUCUUCCACCCUCUUCACUUCUCUCUGCAACCAUGUCUUCUGCAACAACCACUGGGUUUCUGAAGCCACUUACAAUAGCCGAAACUUGUCUAGCCUCUGUUUCGACCCCCAAAACCCAAUACCCUUUUCUUUCAUUUCCCUCCAAACCCACCAAGCUCUCAACUCUCUCAUGCUCAUUCUCUUCAUGGCUCUCUCUGAAACACAAGUCUCUGCCGCUCCAUGUGGCUCAGACAUCGGAAUGGGCCCAGCAAGAGGUGGCAGAAGAGGUUUUGGAAACAGAGGAGGUGCCAUUAGAGCCAAGUGCAGUGUCUGAAGGUGAAGCAGAAGCAGAAGCUGAGGAGAGCUCUGUGGUUGGUGCGGAAGAAGAGUUCUAUCCGGAGCCGCCGGAAGAGGCCAAGCUCUAUGUCGGUAACUUGCCUUUUGAUGUUGACAGUGAGACUCUUGCUAACACUUUCAAUGAGGCUGGAGUUGUUGAGAUUGCUGAGGUGAUCUACAAUAGGGAAACUGAUCAGAGCAGAGGGUUUGGGUUUGUGACUAUGAGUACUGUUGAAGAAGCUGAGAAGGCUGUGGAGAUGUUCAACCGAUAUGAUUUAGGUGGAAGGGCUUUGACUGUGAACAAGGCUGCUCCUAGAGGGUCACGCCCCGAAAGACCACCUAGAGUGAAUGAACCUUCUUACAGAAUUUACAUUGGUAACCUGCCUUGGCAGGUGGACGAUUCUCGUUUGGAGCAGGUGUUCAGUGAACAUGGCAAUGUGGUGAGUGCUAGGGUAGUUUAUGACAGGGAAACUGGCCGUUCACGCGGGUUUGGUUUUGUCCAAUUUUCUACUGAGACUGAAGUGCAGGAUGCCAUUGCAGCUCUUGAUGGACAGAGUUUGGAUGGUAGAACAAUCCGAGUGAAUGUUGCUGAAGAGCGACCAAGGCGUGGCUUGUUUUCAAGUUAAUAAGAAUGUUAUUGUGAGCCCUUCAAGGAUGGUGCCUGGUUUUGCGAGAGGAUGUUAGCAUUCUUGUAAUUUUUCUCUGUAUCCACAAGAGAAUUUAUCUUAGGAAAUUUUAUGUUCAUAUAGAUAGGCCCUUCUACCUUAUGCAUCCUCUACAUCUCGCCAGCAGCAUAUCACCAGUCGUUAUAUUUACUAGGUCCAUUGCAAUUCUCAGUACCAUUACUUUUCAUUGUAUUGGAACAAAUUGUCACCCUGCUUUCAAUAGAAUUGAUUGAUUUUCUCACAA